CUUUGUGACUGUUGUAGGUGCAAUCAGAAGAGAGAGCCGUCUGCAGAGGUUCUUCUGAGUGCCAUUCAUUCGCAGCCUCUCAACUUUGAGCUCACACUUCCCAGGCAAUCUCUUGGAAGUCGCUCAGACGCAUCCGCUACCUCGCCACGCUCCAAGACACUCGAUUGUGACACCGCACUUCCCUCCCUGCGGACACUCCGCACCACCAGAUUCGUCGCGCCGACGCCAACACCAGCACUCAUCGCCGCUCACCCAGACAUCAUCACCCGUUCUUCUGAGUGGUGCAAGAUCAUCAAUCAUGUCGAGCACACCCACACACAUUCUUUUCGAGUGCGCCACAGGAUGUGCGAUCCUGCAAGUGCUGCAAGUCGAGGAGAUUGGCAGCAACACCAAAGCGGUGCAGGAGAGCGUGAAGGACAUUCACAAUUUCUCGAGGAUGGUCAAAUUGAUCUCCUUCUCGCCUUUCAAGAAUGCUCUCGACGCCUUGCAAUCGUGUCUCGACGUUUCAGAGGGUGUUCUCAAUGAGCAUCUCAAGUCACUCCUCACACUUAACUUGGCGCCGGCAGGCAAAAAGGCAAAGGGCGUCACCCUGGGAGUGGCAGAGCGCGGGCUGGCAGGUGCGAUAGUCUCCGAGCUUGGCAUCCAGUGCGAUACGGGAGAUCGAUCGCAGGAGCUCGUUAGAGGCAUUCGUUUGCACGCCGAGAAGCUUUUGUCAGGAUUGUCAGAGGGCGACAUGGACAGAGCUCAAUUAGGUUUGGGUCACAGUUAUAGCAGGAGCAAGGUCAAAUUUAACGUCAACAGAAGCGACAACAUGAUCAUCCAGGCCAUUGCGCUGUUGGACACCUUGGACAAAGACGUCAACACGUUCGCAAUGCGUGUUAGAGAAUGGUAUGGCUGGCACUUUCCUGAACUGGUCAGACUGGUUUCGGACAACAUGAUCUAUGCCAAGCUGGCAAGCUUUAUCAGGUCCAAGGAGCGUCUCUCCGAGGAUCACCUAGAGGAACUGGCAGAGAUUCUGGAUGGCGACGACACGGCGGCGAGGAAUGUGCUGGAUGCGAGUAGAGCGAGCAUGGGAACCGAGAUCAGCGAAGUUGACAUGGACAACAUUGACUCUUUCGCCGAGCGCGUCGUUGAGCUGGCUGCGUAUCGCAAACGGAUGCACGCAUACUUGGUGGAGAAGAUGCACCUCGUGGCACCUAACCUUUCGGCGCUGAUAGGAGAGGUCAUCGGAGCGCGUUUGAUCUCGCAUGCUGGUUCGUUGACAAAUUUGGCCAAGUACCCUGCCUCGACUGUCCAAAUUCUCGGUGCCGAAAAGGCGCUCUUCAGAGCGCUCAAGACCAAGGGCAACACGCCAAAGUAUGGCUUGAUCUACCACGCUUCGGCGAUCGCCCGUGCUGCGCCGAAGAACAAGGGUAGAAUGUCUCGCUUCUUGGCGAACAAGAUCUCCAUCGCCAGCAGAAUCGACUGCUUCAGCGAUGCGCCGUCGACCAAGUUUGGAGAGGUCAUGCACCACCAGGUCGAGGAGAGACUGGUGUUCUACGAGACUGGGAAGCCUGGUCUUGGAAAGAAUUCGGAUGCGAUGAGCAAGGCUUUGAAAGCUAUCGAGGAAGCUGCUGGGGAUUUGAUGGACGAGGACGAUGAUAGCGAUGACGAGGACGCCGCGGUCACUGAGCCUCAGACUAUGCCUGCCGCUGUUGGCGUGACGGAUCCUGCGGAUAAGAAGUCGUCCAAGAAGGACAAGAAAGAGAAGAAGGACAAGAAGGAUAAGAAGUCAAAGAGCAGCGACAAAGCUUCAAAGAAGGUGGAUGUGGAAAAGGCUGCGAAAAAGGCUGCGAAAGAAGCAAAGAAAGCGGCGAAAGCUGAAAAAGUAGAGAAGAAGUCCAAGAAGAGCAAGGCCUGAGAGGCGUUCAGAUGCUCUCCUCGCUGGUUAUCAUUGGCUUCCCAACCUGUCUCGUUCAGCAUUGCCUUCGUUGGUCCGAACCCUUUUUCGUUGUACUUUACAAGCCUCACUCUUUCGAGCUUCCGCCGCGCAAUCAGAUCAAAUCAUGACAUGCCAUUGCCGCGGCGCGCGUACAGAAACGAUGGGGAGGGCUGAGUAAUGUACAAAGGG